AUGGGCUGGCUGAGUUCGUCCUCCAAUAGCAACGUGUCCUUCUUGGACGACAUGAUCCCCCGGCCCCCGCGGCGAAGCUCCAAGACGUCGCGAAUCAGUGAGGAUUCUGACAGCAACACUCCACUCGCGCAAGGGAAGGCGCUGCCGGUGCCGAGCCUUGAGGAGCUCCGCGAGGUGAUGCAAGGUGCCCAGCUGCCCAUGAUUCCCUUGAAAGUUCCUCCGCAGCCGGAGCUGAUGACGCUGAACGCUGAUGAGGAGCUGAUCCAGCCCGACGUCUCUUCACCCAGAGAGGAACUCUUGCGAGCCAUCAAAGUGCUGAACAUCUUCCGCUGGUUUUGCCGUUUACCACCGGUCCAGCUGGAAGAGGACGAGGCCGAAGUCUGUGACUUUCUGAGCAAUGCCUUGAUCUUGCGGCAGCCGGUCUUUCUGAGUGAGUCGCACCUCAUCUCUCGACGGAUCUCGGAUUUGGGACACCAACUUGGAGGUGGAACGGCUGGAACAGUGGGACCUGGUUUUCUCGCAAAGGGCGAUUCGACCAUGAUGUUGCACAAGGAGAGUUCUUUAGUCUCAGCCAUCACCGUGGGAAUACUUUGCAGCCACACGGUUGGCUGGAGCUAUGCCAGUACUCCCGCACCCGAACGACAUGCUGUUCGUUAUCCCGCGCAGCAACGUCACGAUCCGGGCACGGGCGAGCCGGAGAUGAUGCAACGAGCGGCACGGCACCGUGACUGGCAUGAAGAGGCACCGAAAGAAAGAGUCUCCAAGGGUGGUUUUGCCAUGUGGUUGUCCUUCGCCCAAGUCAAGGAGCCCGUGACCCUGCAGAAUCUGCCUGAGCCCUUGGCAGGCUACCGCACGCUCUGGGAGAUCUCGGAUCGGUGGACGCACGACAAGGAGCCGAAGGUUGAGAAGAGGCCGGAGGCACCAAUGCCACGACCACGCACCAAUGGGUCGAGCUGUCGCUCGCGCCCAGGCACCGUUGGCACCAUGGGCACCGCGGCCUCCAAUGGGUCCAAAGAGGACCGGCCCAACACCAGCAGCAGUCGCGUUCGACAGGUCUUUUGGGGAUCGACGGAGUCGGCCAAGCGCCGUGAAUGGCAAAGGGCCUGCAACCUGUCAGGUCACACGCAGAAAAUGUCGGUUUUGACUCAUUCAAAAGAAGAUCUUAGCCUCUGGCUCUCCAAGCUGCAAGCUGAAGCUCUGGAUGCCUUGGGUGUGCCACAUCCGCCUCUGAUCAUCCCCAAGACGGAGGAGCAGUGCAGCUUCUGGCGCCACUUUGGGCGAACGGUGGAGUUUCUCCCCGACGAAGAGCUGGGAGAGAUGGACUUGUUGGAGGCCUUAUCGGAGGAGUGGACGGCCGUUGCCACCAUCGCCGAAGCCGUGCGUGCGCAUGGCCAGGGGUGCAGUGUGGUGUGGGUCUUGGGCCCCAGCCCCGGCCUCGAGUAUCGCGACGGCCUCGAAGCCCUGGAGCAUCAGCUGGCGAUGAUCGCCGGCCGCUGGCCGCGGCUGAUCUUCUGUGGCCCGGAGGUACCGGGGGAGAUCCAUGGCAGAUGCGUGGCAGUGGAAGGGGUGAGGUGUGAACACUGGCAAGGCUAUUGGCAUGAUGUGGCAGAUCAUUUGGAGAUGGAGGUGACCGGUGAAGCUCAGCUGUUUAUCGCUCUCAAUGCUGGCACCUCUGUCAGAGACUAUCAGAAGCACUGGGAGACCACGUUGCGCCGGCUUCCCGCCUCUGCCUCGGUUUACAUCACAGGCUACAACCUGGCGGAAGUUGAGGACGCAGAGAAAGAUCUGAAAAGGACGCGUCCAGAAACGCAGUGCUGGUGCAGCCCAUGCCGCAGCGGCACACUGAAGGGUUUUGACGUGGUGGAGCUGGGCUUCACGCCUAGCAGCUUUCCGGGAAAGGCCAACUAUGGCGAAUGCCUCGCAUUUUUGGGGCCAAAGGCAUGGGGUGCAUGGGUGCAUGGUUGGGCAAAUGAGAUGCCCUACAGCUUCAGCCAAAGCCGCUGGAAAAUGAUCAGCAACGAGCUUUUUCGUGGCUUCGUUUCGCAAGAGGAUGAACCCGACUUCGUGGUCUUCCCACCUGAGGGGGUGUGUCCCAUGGAAUUGCUGGUUGGCUGCCAUUUACCUACCUGGACCAUCAUGCCGGACAGCCAGCAGUUCCAACCAAGCCACUCCUUGCAGGUGCGCAUGUGGCGCGUGCGUUUGCUGCGCCGCGAGGACACGGCGGACGCCGAGGCGGACCCCACGGAGCGGCGGUCGAGGAGCAGCUACCCGUCGGGGCCCAGCGGGAUGGGGAUGGGGGAUGGAUGUGGAGGUUUCCAUAAAUGGUACCCCAAUAGCUGGAUGGUUGAUAAUGGAACAUCCCCAUGUAAUUUGUUUGAAUUGAAUCAAACGUGA